UUUUUUUUUUUUUUUUUUUUUUUCUGAUGAGCGUCUCCUCGGUUCCCCCGGCUCGUCUCUCUAGGCGGCGAGCUCUUCCUCUGCUCUGCCCUAACCUCAUCGCCAUUGGAAUGCAUAGCCUUUGAGGAGAAGUCCCUGCUCUUUUCAUUUAGCGCAAAGUAUCUUGUUUUUACCUAAAAGCUCGUUUAUUUAUUUUCCAAACCCUUCCUUUAAUGGACGUCGGAUGUUCUGUCGCAACGCCCACCUCCCUUUUUUUAUCAUCUGCGUUGCUUUCCUCCGUCACCAGCAACUACUGCUCGAAACGGGUUUCAAUCCUUCCUGUCAAUGGUUGGAACUCUUUGGCUGUUCGAUGGGUUGCUCCAUUGAACCCCAGUUGCAAAGUAUCCAUGUCGACAAGCAUCAAAACUUCUGGAACGGAGAUAAGGCAGAGUUACUCAGAAGAGUUUCAUGACUCCGGAGAAUUCAGCAUUAUGGGUUUGUCACCUUUAGAUGGACGCUAUGCGCAAAAGACCAAGAAUUUGCGGCCCUUCUUUAGCGAGUAUGGGCUGAUUCGUUACCGAGUUAUGAUUGAGAUCAAGUGGCUCUUAAAACUUUCUGAAAUUCCUGAGAUUAAAGAGGUUUCAGAAUUAGGUGAGGAUGCCCGGUCUUUCUUGAAAGUAAUAGUUGAUAAUUUCUCCAUAGAAGAUGCCUUGGAAGUGAAAAAAAUUGAGGAGAAGACUAACCAUGAUGUUAAGGCUAUAGAGUAUUUUUUGAAACAAAAAUGUAGAUCCUGCUCAGAGCUUGCCGAGGUACUGGAAUUUUUUCAUUUUGGAUGCACUUCUGAGGAUAUCAACAACUUGGCUUAUGCGGUUUCACUGAAAGAGGCACUUAAUAAUGUCAUCCUUCCUGUGAUGAUUGAGCUCUGUAAAACAAUAUCUAACUUGGCUAAGGAGAAUGCUAACAUCCCAAUGUUGUCUCGUACUCAUGGGCAGCCAGCUUCACCAACAACAUUGGGAAAGGAAAUGGCAAACUUUGCAGUUAGAUUAGGCAAUCAAGGAAAAAUAUUUUCUGGAGUUCGUAUACUAGGAAAGUUCGCUGGAGCUGUUGGAAAUUACAAUGCCCAUAAAGUUGCAUAUCCCAACAUUAACUGGCCAAGAAUAGCGGAAGAGUUUGUAACUUCAUUGGGCAUCGGUUUCAACCCUUAUGUGACACAGAUUGAGCCUCAUGACUACAUUGCAAAUUUGUUUAAUGCUGUUAUCCAGUUCAACAACAUCUUAAUUGAUUUUGAUAGAGAUAUUUGGAGCUAUAUAUCAUUAGGUUAUUUCAAGCAGAUAACCAAGCCUGGGGAGGUCGGUUCUUCCACCAUGCCUCACAAGGUUAACCCUAUUGAUUUUGAAAACAGUGAGGGCAAUUUGUGCUUGGCAAAUGCUGUCUUAUCUGCUCUUGCCAUGAAAUUACCCAUUUCACGCAUGCAGAGGGACCUAACUGAUUCCACUGUUUUGAGAAAUAUGGGGGUUGGUUUAGGCCAUUCUCUCCUGGCUUAUUCAAGUACUUCACGGGGGAUUGGGAAACUUCAGGUUAAUAAAUCUCGCCUUAAUGAAGACUUGGAGCUCACAUGGGAAGUUCUUGCUGAACCAAUACAAACAGUAAUGCGAAGAUACGGUGUCCCUGAACCAUAUGAGAAACUUAAGGAUUUCACUAGAGGAAGGGCCAUCACCAAGGAUAGUAUUAGAGAUUUCAUAAAGAAUUUGGAGUUGCCUGAUAAGGCAAAAUCAGAGCUGUUAGAGCUUACUCCUCACUUGUACGUAGGAGAAGCAGAAAAAUUGGCAAAAGAUGUGGAUCAUGCGAUUGAUUUGAUUAGUGGAUUCAGAUUACAGUAGACUGACAGUUUUUUAUUGAUUCUAUUUUGAAUGGAUCCCAGAAAUAAAUUGGUGGGAAAGUUGGGAAUAAUUGUAAUAAUAAAAGUUUGGCAUUUAUUUUUAAAUAAAAGAUGCUUCAAUGAAAUAUUUUAGUCUCCGAUUCAUCGAACGCAAAUAUGAUGACAUGAGCACUAGAAA